AUGGCGACACGGAAACUGCAAACUGAAAUCGACAAGGUCUUGAAGAAGGUCGCGGAGGGCAUCGAGACGUUUGAAGAGACACUGGAAAAGAUCGAGACGACGACCAAUGUCAACCAAAAGGAAAAGUACGAGUCGGAUCUCAAGAAGGAUAUUAAGAAGCUGCAACGGCAGCGAGAUCAGAUCAAGACAUGGAUCUCCUCAAGCGACAUCAAGGAUAAACGGGCGCUCAUGGAGAACCGUAAGCUUAUUGAGCAGCAAAUGGAGAAGUUCAAGGUCAUUGAAAAGGAGAUGAAGACAAAGGCCUACUCCCGGGAGGGCCUCAUCAUGUCUGGGCGACUGGAUCCCAAGGAAAAAGAAAAGACGGAUCUGUGCGCAUGGGUCACAGACCGAGUCGAUUCGCUCAACUUGCAGAUCGAAGUAAUGGAGGCAGAGGUCGAAACGUUACAGACCGGAUCCAAAAAGGGCAAGAACAGUCCUGCAAGAGAGAGGAUAUCGGAACUGGAGGACAAGAUCGAACGGCACAAGUGGCACCAAGGGCGACUGGAGCUGAUCUUGAGGCUGCUGGAGAAUGGACAAAUCGACCUUGACAAGGUCACGUCGAUUCAGGAAGACGUCAACUACUAUGUGGAUGAAAACCAGGAUCCUGACUUUGCAGAGGACGAGGAGAUCUAUACCGACUUGAAUCUGGAAGAGGAGGAGGAUUUCUAUGUCAUCGGAGCAGACGAUCACCACAAGGACGAUGAUGUGUCUGAAAAGGACAAGGACGAAGAAAUCCCAGCAAAGAAGCCUUCCAAAACCGUGGAACCGGAGCCUGCAUCGCCACCUGCACGGACCACUACAACGAAAACGGUACCGACGAAAAAACUGUCCAUCUCGGAACCCAAGGAGACAAAGCCAGCAGCAACACUAGCAGCAACACUAGCAACGGCACCGACAGCAACGGCACCGACAGCAACGGCACCGUCAGCAACGGCACUGACAGCGGCGGCUACAUCGAAAACAACGACAAGCGGAUCUACACGGCAAACGACCAUACCUCGGCCUGCAGACACGCCAACGAUUCAGUACGCUGCUGCGGCGGCGGCCAAUCUUCCUGUGGCAGAACCCUCUCAAGCCUCCAACAUCACAGCAUCACCAUCGCUCGCCGCCGCCACUGUUGAUGAGGCACCAGCGGCAUCAAAGGACGGAUUGGCUUCAACGUCAGAGGCAAUGGCAGAAUCAGCAGUAGCCCCAGCGUCGACUGCAGGAUCAGCUGUCGCACCAGCAGGAGCAUCGGCAGCAGUUGCCACACCACCCAUGGACGAAGCCAAGGCACAUUCGGCCAUGUCCACGCCAUUGGCGGCCAACUCUUCAGUCGUCUCCUCCACAACAACCGCAAAGUCUACGGAUAUCACUUCAGCUCAACCAAGCAGGAGUCAGUCGCCAGACGAGAAAUCCGUGGUUCAGGAGGCUACUCGAAGCCAGCUUACCCCCUCUGAACCCGAGAUUCGUCUCCCAUCUGCGCUGGCGGACCUUGCACACAGCUUCGAGAUCUCCAAAGAACGCGCCAUGUCCAAGGAUGUUGGAUUCUUUGCCAUUCAGAUGCUUGAAACAAGCUUCCAGUUUCUUCCGGAAGCCGCAGACACGGAGAGGCCAAAGUACUACGCUCCUAAGAAUCCCUACCCAACACCAUCCUACUACCCUCAAUUGCCGCCUCCAGCUCUUUUCGAGGCUUCUGCGACGUUUGAAAAGUUUGACAUCGACACGCUGUUCUUUAUCUUUUACUACCAGCAAGGAACCUAUCAGCAGUACCUGGCGGCAAGGGAGCUAAAGAAGCAAUCGUGGCGGUUCCACAAGAAAUACUUGACAUGGUUCCAGCGCCAUGAGGAGCCAAAGGCCAUUACUGACGACUAUGAGCAAGGAACAUAUAUCUACUUUGACUACGAAGGCGCCUGGUGCCAACGCAAGAAUACCGAUUUCCGGUUCGAGUACAAGUUCCUCGAGGACGAACUUGUCUAA